UAAAUUUUCAACUGAGAAACGCAAACCCAGCAAACUUAGUCGAUAAACAAAUAAACCAAGAGAUCCCAAAGAUACAGAUACAUUCACCAUGCCGCCAUGCACUUUGCGCCAGAGAGGUAUGGCCUACAUACCACGACGUGAAAAGAAUCGCGAAAAGGAUGUUCUGGCCCCAAAGCCCGUGCAUCCGCGCUCCUUGCGCUUCCAUGGAUUCUUCGGCAUGUCCUAUGUCCACCAGCAUGUGAUGGUCGACGAGCGGUGGACCCCCAACUCGCUUACUGAACAGUUCAAGGGAAUGACCGAUCUAUUGACUCGUCGCUUGGUGUUUAAGAAUCACGAGUCAAAGGCCAAUCGCCAGCGGUAUUUUCGCGAGAACAAGCGUCUAAAGCUGCAAUGUCGCGAUGGCCGGGCCAAGUUGCAGAACAUUCUGGUCAACGACAACACGCACAAGAUCCGCAACUUCCUCAUCAACCACAAGGACAUGCAGCGCCUCUACCAGAAGAUGCCAAUUCACCUGGUAGUGGACAACAUUAAUCAGCGGACCUUUGUGAUGAGAAAGGAGCGAGAUCGGUUGGAGUUUCGCUUGGACCAGUUAAAACAGCACUACAAAGAACAGCUGCUGCGACGGGCACUUCUUCAAAACCGCAUCAAGUAUCAGAACGAGUUUAUCCUCGAUGAGGAACUGAAAUCUCGAGUUUUCCUCAAGAAGAUCGAAAACUCGAACGUGCGUUUGAAAGCGAUCAAGACCAUCAACAACACCUACAAGAAGAUGAUUCAGGUGCUGGUCCACGACGAGAUCUUCUACGAACCCAUCCUGCGAUCCCUCAGCAGUGACAUGGACGACCAGACGAACUUCAUCAAACACAUCCUUUUCCUGGGAAUGCCUGCCAUUGCGAAGUUCAAGGAAUUGAACGACGAGUUCAGGCACAUGGAGGAGAAGUCGCGCAAGAACUUGCAGCUGAAACUGCAAAUGCUGGCCUCUCUUAAGAAGCCGGCUGCCACAUCGAUCGUUAACUUUAACAAGCCCAAGGAGGCGCCUCCCACCACGAAUCUGAAGCGUUAUGUUCGAGAGACCCAGAGCAUGAUGAUCCUAAAACUGGAGCUGAAGGCUGUUGAGAAAACCAUCAAAGAGGUCAAAUUUGUGACACUGUGUUCCCAGGCAAAGGAAAUCUACCCACGAAUGAAGAGCCAGGUGGAUAACAAUGACAAACUGCAUCGAAUGAUUGUGAACGACAUGUUGGCCCACGAAAUGCUGGAAACCAAGAUGAAGUGUGCCAGCGUUUUGAAGGGAGUGCUGGUCAACAAUCUGUCAGAGGAAGAGAUCAAUCGCCUGGAGCGCAUUAAGGAUUUAAAGAAAACACUGCAAAAAGAUAUAGAAUUCGAGAAGGACACUUUAACUCACCUUAAGAACAGAGCUGAUGCUUAUGUCAUGUUGAGAGUAAGCAUUUGGAAUCUCUUGGAAAUUCUUCGUCAUGUUGAUCGCCAGCCCAAACUUCUACGUGCCCAGUAUCCCAAUUCAUACUUGAAGCUUCCCCUGCUCAAAUUCGAAAUGCUGAACAUGCGGGCGGCUGCCCCCGAGAUUUUCGAGGAGAACAUUGACAACAUAAUGCACAUGGUGAAGCGCAAGAUUUACAAGCUAAUGAAGGCCUAUUCGGUUGAACUGAAACCGGCGACAGUGAGACGAAAUGUGGAGGAAUACCACGCAGACUUCUUGGCCAGCCUGGACAUGUACGAGCCGGUGGACACCGAGGAGCAGCCGCCAACAGCUCCGGAGGAGGAUAUCAUGCAGGAGAACAAGACCAUGGCCAAUGUGCCCAACCGCAAACAGAUCAAGGCCCAAAGUGCCAAGCUCGUGGAAGAGUUGGCCAAGCGGGAUGAAAUGUAAAAACGUUUAGUUCGCCGUUUGUGUUUAAUGCUACCUAAAAUUUUAAGUGAGUUAAAUUCUGAAAGUUGAGAAAACAAUUCAAGCUGGCCACAAGAAACAGUGGCUAACAAAAAAAUAAUAAAUCGUGAGUUUUGCGUUGGCGAAAUCCCGAAAAUGGAAGAGACUGCCUCCAUAUAAUUGAUCCAUUAUUGCAGCAAACGUUGCUUACUUUGCUGGGAGCUUGGAUUGAAUCGAGUCGGUUUUCCUCCACUUUGGCUUUUGUCGACGCCCUAAUUGCGAGGAAGAAUUAUUGUUCCA